AGCCGCCGCCGCCUCUCCGUCCGCCCCUAAUCCAGUUUGCGUCGGCGUGUCCGGCAUGAAGGACACGAUCUUCAUGUCCUGCGUCGAUCUUCGUGCGAGCGGCGAGCCACUACGUUGCGCUGCCCGUGUCGGCUACGGCGUCCAGGCACUCGUUGUGCACGCUGACGAUGAGCUCGAAGCCGGUCCGGGCGAACGCGUGCAGCACGGUGGGGUCGGCGUCGUACAUCCGCACGCCGAUGCCGAUGCCAGCCAGCAGCGGCAUCACAGGCUGCGGCGCCGGGAGGUUAUUCCAGUCGGCGCCGGGGCUGGGGGCGGACCGGCAGGCGAGGCCUAUGGGCUGUGAGUUAGGGCGGGGUGGCGGUGUUGGUGGUAGCGGUGGCGCCCUGCAACGGGAGGGAGAGGAUGAGGUGAUUUGAGGCAGGAGGCGAGGCAGGAACUUCAGGUCAGUUUUCUAGCCAAAAAAAAAAAAGAUUAAAUGCGGCUCAAAUUUCCGAAAUGGCAUUUCAGCUGGUUGUGCACCCCUUCGUAAGGCCGAUCUCGCGAAGCCCACGAGUUUGAUGGUAUCCGGGUGAAGCCCAUUUUUACCAUCAAUAAGAACAAAUUUCUAAUUCUCUCUCUCUUUUUUUUGGUUUGGGUGUGUGUGGAGUACUUAUAUUUGUAUUUCACAAGGGACUCACUAACGCUGAUGUAGUUUAGCUGGUAAAAAAGGGUAAAAACAUUAUUAGGUGAAAUGGCACAUUGCAUUCAUGAUUAAAUUUUGCUUUCUAUUUUAUCCAUACAGCACGAAGUAUCCAAACAUCAAACCCUACACACACUAGGCAUUGUAUCUUGUACAAUUUGUGUAUACAGCAUUGCUAUUUUCUAGUAACGGAUAAAAAUGCAUUAAGAUAGGAUGCCAGUGUACGAUUCAAUGAUUCCUAUGAAAUAACUAGACAUUUUUGAAUAGGGCCAUGCCACGCUUGUAUACGGAAAGGGUAAAAAAAAAGUUAAGUUUAUUACACCAUAGUAGAUAACAAUAACUCAUAUCAGUUGCAUCAAACAAGCACUGUAGUUUUGUACUGCCAGGUAUCUUGCACUAUUUACUUCUUGUUUUUGGAUCCAUUCUUUGGUACCUGUAAACCCAUACAGCAUAACUUGAAGAUGAACAGCAGUGCAGGGAUAACUGAAGCCUAGGAGAAAAUAAAAGGGAUAUGGACGUUUAUAAGAAGCAUGUAUUCUAACAGACUACCUAAUAUUAUUCAGAUUGUGUGACAUUCUAUAAAAGACCCAAAUGCUUAUAAAGAUAUAUCAUGUUGUAAAAAUUUGAUCUGCAUUUCCUUUCGUAAGCAAUAAAACAAGUCUCUUUUGGGAGUUACCAUGAUGAAAAAGUUAAAAUAUAAUCUCAAUAAUAACUCUGCAUAGGGAAAACUUAUCCUUCUGCUUAUGAUUAUUUUUUUUUUCUAUUACAAGAACCACUGUAGAAUGGGAAAAUCACUAUCUUAAAUUUAAAUCUACAAGAACCUGGAAUAAUUAGUGCUACAUUUCAAUGUCUAAUGAGAACAGUUUCUUUUGGACAUUCCAAUUCUCCUUUGAAAAUGAUAUAUAGUUCCUGCUGUGAUAUAAUUCAUUGUAUCUGUGAGUGGUACCAUGGCCAAGGAAGUAAAAAGAGAUGCAUAGAGGUUCUGGAAUGACUUACAUUUAGAGAAUAGUUAAAAAGGCUAAAACAACCAGUAGGGGGUGGGGGGAGGGGGACAGAAAUUUUCAUGAGGGACCAUGAUUGAACUAUUGAGGGUGCAAAAAAUAUUUUUUUUCAAAUGUGGUGAAAUACCUAAGAGAUGUGCACCUAGCAUAGUUUUUUCUUUGGGCUCCCCUUGGCCUCUCCUUUCCUCGUCCCCUGAAGUAUCCGAUUUUUUUCCUGGGGAAGGAAGGUGAUCUGGGAAACGGUAAUCAUAAGAGGGAGAGCUAUGCGGCAUAUGCCCUCAAAGGCACUUUGGCAUUAUCGAAGCAAUAUCGAUCUCUGUUAGUUUAUCUUGCGUGAACGUUUGUGGAAACUACUACCUUACAAGCAUUAGUGACAGCUCAGAAAGUUAUUUCUGAAAGGUUUCAUGUGUACCGUGGGAAAUGUUGCCAACUCAAACACCUUCAAUAUGUUGUUUGCACGCAAAUUCUUCUGGAAGAAAGGUGUCUAAAACUAUGAGCGGGUUACAGAAAGGUACAAACCACGGCUGUGCAUUUUGGAAGUAUCAUCUAUAGAUGUUUGUUGAGGGGAAAGCCGCACGCCAAAGUUAUUUACUCAGAAACAGCUUCAACACACAAUUGUCUGUGAUAUGAUGGCAUCUCUCACGCACCAUCACCUCUCUCUCAUGUCUGUUUAUUUUAUUGCCCUUUCUGCUCAUAAAAAUCAUUAAGAGUUUAUAAAUAUGCAUAGGCAUACCAAUAUGCACAUCUAUUAAUUAGCCAGAAGAUCAUCUUCUUAUUCUUUAGUUUAGUUAUUGUUUGAAAAAUUUGUCCAGGCCUAGGGAGCUCGUGCACAGUACUAAUGCAUCUUCAUCAAAUGUGAAUUUCAAAAAGGAAGUAGGAACCUAUGAGAGUAUUGUUCAAAAUUAAUUAAUGGCUUCUAUUAUGUUUAUACCAAAGGCCAAGGACAAAAUUGGAAUGCUAAUGAUGGUUGGCUGCGUGAGUCUGUCGAGAUACUUGUGAGAAAUGUGAACCUUUGUUUCCGUGCAUGGACAUAAAACCAAAAGCUUCCAGCCUCUUUCACGGUACUUGCACUUGCAAGAAAUGAGAACUCCUUUUCAUUUCUGUACGUGGACGUAACGCCAAAGCAUCCAGGCUUUUUCACGGCUGUUCAUGCCUUUACACGGUUCAUCUCCACAAGUAUGCCUCCUCCCACUCUAUAUAAGCACAUCAACAGCACACAAUUAGACACAGGCAGCAAUUGGGGCCACAAGAACACUUGGGGAGGCAAGUGUGAUUUUGAUCUCGCAGCCACCUUCGUGUUUUGUUGUGUGUCUAGUAGUUGGAGGAGAUAUGCAGUUUUCACUAGCAUCGGAUGCGAACUCAGGUCCUCACCCAAUAAGAAGAUCUUGUGAGGGUGGUGGGAUUGACAGGUUGGAACGAUUAAGUAUUGGGGGCAGCAAGCAGGAGAAAGCUUUGAGGAAUAGGUGCUUUGGUGGUAGAGUUGCUGCAACUACACAAUGUAUUCUUACCUCAGAUGCUUGUCCUGAAACUCUUCAUUUUCAAACACAGUCCUCUAGAAAAAGUUAUGCUGAUGCAAACCAUGUAUCUGCUAUCAUUUUGGGUGGAGGCACUGGAUCUCAGCUCUUUCCUCUGACAAGCACAAGAGCUACGCCUGCUGUUCCUGUUGGAGGAUGUUACAGGCUUAUCGAUAUCCCUAUGAGUAACUGCUUCAACAGUGGUAUAAACAAGAUAUUUGUGAUGACUCAGUUCAAUUCUACUUCGCUUAACCGCCAUAUUCAUCGUACAUACCUUGGAGGCGAGAUCAACUUUGCUGAUGGAUCUGUACAGGUAUUAGCGGAUACACAAAUGCCCGAAGAGCCUGAUGGAUGGUUCCAGGGUACAGCAGACUCUGUCAGAAAAUUUAUCUGGGUACUCGAGGAUUAUUACAAUCACAAAUCUAUUGAGCACAUUGUAAUCUUGAGUGGCGAUCAGCUUUAUCAGAUGAAUUACAUGGAACUUGUGCAGAAACAUGUCGAGGACAAUGCUGACAUCACUGUAUCAUGUGCUCCUGUUGAUGAGAGCCGAGCUUCUAACAAUGGGCUAGUGAAGUGUGAUCAUACUGGACGUGUACUUCAAUUUUUUGAGAAACCAAAGGGUGCUGAUUUGAAUUCGAUGAGAGUUGAUACCAACUUCCUCAGCUAUGCUAUAGGUGAUGCACAGAAAUAUCAGUACAUCGCAUCAAUGGGCAUUUAUGUCUUCAAGAAAGAUGCACUUUUAGACCUUCUCAAGUCAAAAUAUACUCAAUUACAUGACUUCGGAUCUGAAAUCCUCCCAAGAGCUGUACUAGAGCAUAAUGUGCAGACAUGCAUUUUCAUGGGCUAUUGGGAGGAUGUUGGAACAAUCAAAUCAUUCUUUGAUGCAAACUUGGCCCUCACUGAGCAGCCUUCCAAGUUCGAUUUUUAUGAUCCAAAAACACCUUUCUUCACUGCACCCCGGUACUUGCCUCCGACACAAUUGGACAAGUGCAAGAUCAAAGAUGCAUCUAUCUCAGAUGGUUGCUUACUGAGAGAAUGCAGCAUCGAGCAUUCUGUGAUUGGAGUCUGCUCACGUGUCAGCUAUGGAUGUGAACUCAAGGACUGUGUGAUGAUGGGAGCGGACAUCUAUGAAACUGAAGAAGAAGCUUCAAAGCUACUGUUAGCUGGGGAGGUCCCAGUUGGAAUAGGAGGAAACACAAAGAUAAGGAACUGCAUCAUUGACAUAAAUGCUAGGAUUGGGAAGAACGUGGUGAUCACAAACAGUAAGGGCAUCCAAGAGGCUGAUCACCCUGAGGAAGGGUACUACAUAAAGUCUGGAAUUGUGGUGAUCUUGAAGAAUGCAACCAUCAAGGAUGGGUCUGUCAUAUAAACCGGGUGCCUGUGCGCCUGCAAAACAAGAACCUACAAUGGUAUCACAUCGAUGGAUCGUGUAACCUUGGUAGGGAAGAGCCGCUUGCCAGAAAGUCCAGCGUUCGGGCGCAAGAUGCAUAGCCUGGCAUGCUGUUCCUUGAACCUUGGUACAAUGUACUAAUAAGCUGCCCUGGAAGUUGCAGCAAACAAACCUUUUAUGAACCUUUGUAUUUCCGUUACCUGGUUUGGAUUAACUCUAUCUUUCAUCCUGUGCUACUAAAAUUUCCGUGUUUUUCUAA